CAAAUAUUAGCCUGGCAACGUCAUACUUUUUGCGGCGCAACAGUCCAGUAUUGCGGCACUUAACCCAUUAAAAAGCGAUAAGAUACUAUUUGCAUAAAAAGACGAUUAUUGUCAUAACUUUGAGGAGACAAAGCUAGAAGUGAGCGAUCACGCAUUCUCGCAUUCUUGUCUUAGAAAUCUCUGUAGAACGAUGAAAGGUUUCCUUGGCCUCGCUUGCACCAUUUUGACGGCACAUGGUUUCGCCGUCAAUCCUCUUUUGGAUGGUGGACCAAUUGCAAAUGCAGGCCAAUUUCCGUGGCAUGUACACGUUCAGCCUGUUGCAAAUGUUGGUGCUAACUUCUCUGGUAUUUUGAUCAAUCCCUCUUGGGUGCUUACUUGCGCCGCCUGCAUCAACAAAUCACCAGACCACACUCUAAUUUUUGGGGCUCGGAACUUGGACCUUAAUACUGAGCCAGGUCGCAUUGUCAAGUCUGUGGCCGCUGAAAACGUCUUCAUCUUCCCUGAUUACAACCCGGGGCAAUUUAAUGAAAGAAAUAUUGCACUAGUUCAAUUAAAUGAGCCAAUUCCCUCUUCGCCUUAUGUCGAUACCAUUGGAUUGCCUGAUGAGACUACUGUGUAUGAUAACUACCUUGGAAGAAUUUCUGGAUUUGGAUUUGCCGCUUCCAACGAUACUUCUGGCACGCAACUACUGCGUUAUACAGAUUUGGAGAUUUUACCUGACACAGAGUGCAGGAAUUUGAAGGAAGGACAAAUGUGUGCUCUGGUUGGCGCUGAAGGAAUUGGCCCUUGCAGGGAUGAAGGUUCUGCACUUUACAUUGUAGACUCUGAAGGCACUGCUAGAGUUGUGGGUGUGUUUUCUUACGGAUAUAACGAGGGCAGUUGCCCUGGCACGAAACCCCUUUUCACAAGAGUAUCACUGUAUCUCUCUUGGAUCGACUCCGUGAUCAAUGGAGGCACUGGGGAGAUCACCACUCCUGCCGCCGACGAAGCCGACUACGAAUACUGAUUUUUAUUAGCUGCUCUUGAUAUGCAAUAGUCUUAAAUUAAUAAUAAAGUAUUUUUGCAUUUCCCUGUCCAACAA